AUGCACUGCAACACACUCUCUCUUGCCGCUGUGGCUCUCCUCGCCAGCUCUGUCAACGCCCACGGUCACGUUGCCAAGGUUAUCGCUGGCGGCCAGGAGUACACUGGUGGUAUCCCCCACGGUGCUCCCUCCAACGCUGUCGGCUGGGCUGCUGGAAACCAGGACAACGGCUUCGUUGAGCCCGCUGCCUUUGGCACUGCCGACAUCAUCUGCCACAAGAGCGCCAAGCCUGUCAGCAACGCUGUCACUGUUGCUGCCGGCGAUGUUGUCACCCUGAAGUGGGACACCUGGCCCGAGUCUCACCACGGUCCCGUCACCGAGUACCUCGCUCCCGUCAGCGGAGACUUUGCCAGCAUCAACAAGGGAAGCCUUCGAUGGACCAAGGUCGCCGAGAAGGGUUACGUCUCUGGUAGCAACCCCGGCAACUGGGCAUCCGACGAGCUCAUCCGCGACGGUUUCGCCUGGAAGUUCACCGUGCCCCGAAACCUCAAGGCCGGCAACUACGUUCUCCGACACGAGAUCAUCGGACUUCACUCUGCUGGCAACAGAAACGGUGCCCAAGCUUACCCCCAGUGCAUCAACCUCAAGGUCACUGGUAGCGGCUCCCAGGCUCUCAGCGGUGGUGGCGACUUCACCAAGUUCUACUCUGCCACUGACCCCGGCAUUCUCUUCAACCUCUACGCAAGCUUCAGCUCUUACCAAAUCCCCGGACCUGCCGUCCAGAGAAUCUAA